GAGACAGAGAGAGAGAAAGAGCGGAGCAGUGGCUGGAUAGCGUUUCCCACAGAGGUGAGACAGGAGGAGAAAGACUUUACCAGGGACACAGAGAGAGAUUUCGGGAUGCGCCACUCGUGCGUAAAACUCUGGCACCUUCUCCGGAUGAAAACGCCACCACCUGAAACCAUAAAUAACCAUCGUUAACCUUAUCGUGGACACGUUCAACCUUUAAAUACUCAUUUUGAAUCUCCGGCGCCGGAGAAGGAGAGAAUCAGAGGAGAAGGAUAUAUUGCGUGUAAAGCAACAAGGGCAGACUGAAUGUGAUUUUCACGCCGACUUCAGAAAGGAAAAGAACAGGAACGAACGCGAGUGGAGAUAAACAAAGUGUCAAAUGUUUUUAAAGAACUGGAAAUGGAAAAUUAACCAGGACACAAAAACCGCUCAUUAAGAGAUCAAGGACACCAAACAGCACGGAGGGUGGGAUUUUCUGCGGAGAAAAUCAAUCCGACAGGAUUAUUAUUCAAGUUUAUGGUUUCCUUACGUCCCACUGUAACUGUCUGUACAGUGAGUUAGAGUGCAUGGGAACAGUUGACAUAAUUCUUACAUGUUCUCUUUUUUUUUGUGACAUCCCAGAAACUGAAACAACAGUAAAACUUCCGAUCCUAAACCUAGUGGACCUGCUACUUCUCAGUGACCGUUUGGGAACUGUUGCUCUCCAGACUCUUCUCUGUUGUCUGUAAGUGGUCAGAGGCUGAGCUCCUCUCCAGUGAUGUAAUGGACUUUAACUUAACCUUUUGGUCUGCUGAACUGUGCAACUAACUUUUUCUAUCUUGUCCAAAAGGGAAGACAAAUACACUAAUGUUUCUUUAAAAAACAACAAUUUAUAAUAGAUUUAGAAUCAGUGAAUAUUGGUCUCACAAUGCUCAGAGACUCUUAGUACCUCUUCAAACAUGGAGAACGUGUCCAUCCCCGGCGGUGCACCGCCAGUAUGCAACGACUCUGUGGACUUCUACUCCCUCACGUCAGGGAACCGCACUGACCUGAACUGUACUCCUCCCUCAGAGUUUUACUCCUACGCUGACCUUUACGUAAUUUUGCCAGUCAUCUACUCUGUCAUUUGCGCAGUGGGACUGACAGGCAACACGGCUGUCAUCUACGUGAUCCUCAAAGCCCCCAAAAUGAAAACAGUAACCAAUAUGUUCAUCCUGAACUUGGCUAUCGCCGACGAUUUGUUCACUUUGGUGUUGCCGAUCAACAUAGCCGAACACUUGCUGCAAUACUGGCCUUUUGGUGAGGUUUUGUGCAAGGUCAUCCUUAGCAUAGACCACUACAACAUCUUCUCCAGUAUCUUUUUCCUGACAGUUAUGAGCAUUGAUCGCUACCUGGUUGUUUUGGCCACGGUGAGGUCCAAGCGCAUGCCUUACCGCACCUACAGAGCAGCCAAAAUCAUCUCAUUAUGUGUGUGGAUCCUCGUUAUCCUCAUCGUGAUGCCUUUCACUGUUUUCGCCGGCGUCUACAUAAACCCAAAUGGUGGGAGGAAGAGCUGCGUGCUCAGCUUCCCCAGCCCUGAGAGUUUGUGGUUCAAAGCAAGCCGGAUCUACACGCUCAUCCUGGGCUUCGCCAUUCCGGUCUCGACCAUCUGUAUCUUAUACACCAUGAUGCUGUACAAGCUGAGGAACAUGCGGCUCAACAGCAACGCCAAAGCACUGGACAAGGCCAAGAAGAAAGUCACCAUCAUGGUGUUCAUCGUCUUGGCAGUGUGCUUGUUCUGCUGGACGCCGUUCCACCUCAGCACCAUCGUGGCUCUGACGACAGACCUGAGGAACACGCCGCUCCUGAUCGGGAUCUCCUACUUCAUAGCCAGCCUGAGCUACGCCAACUCCUGCCUCAACCCUUUCCUCUACGCCUUCCUCGACGACAGCUUCCGGAAAGCCUUCAAGAAAAUGUUGGAAUGUAGACCAGCCUGAAUGUACGAUAGGAAGACACGUGAAACCUGCCGCAGAGGUCUACAGAGACGCACUGAGUGAGGACUGACUGUGGUGGAAAACUAGGAUGGCAAAGAUUUAGGUUCAAAUCUGAAUUCUCAUUGUAGGUGAUGCAGAUUUGAUGGUUUGGUAAAGCUGCAUUAGGCAACUUUGCACAUUGUUUGCACAUGAUAGCAAAGCAAUUUCUCAUGUAUAUCUUAUCAUUUAUUUUUGAUAUAUAGAAAACACAGUACAACUAUGCCUGUAAAUGGCCCACUACGUUCUUAACAUGACACUGCCCAUCUAUAAAUGCUUUAUGCCGCGGCAAACUAAGUGAGACGAGGGGAAAACCUCGCAAGAUUUGCGAGUCCAGCUUCGUCUAGACGGAGUGAUGUGUGGGUGUCACUUUAAAUUCAUCGCUUCAUGUGGGCGGAGGCAAUCUGAAGCCUCUGAUGAGAGACACGAUGGGUUUUCUUUUAUCUAUAUAUUUCUCUUUUUUACAGAAUUUGCCAAGUGCAGCCUUGUAUGGCUCUGAGCACAGUGUAAGAGAGAAAUUGGCAAUAUUGCUUGCAAUAGGGAAUGGUUAAACUCCAGGACAAAACGGCAUUAAAAAACAACUUGCUUGUUAAAUUGUAACCAUGAGCAUACGUGUCCAUCAUCAUUGUCUGAAUGCUGAUAGUUUUCCAGUUUAAGACCAUGAGGGUAGAAAACAAAAGUAAUUAUGAGGCAGCGAGCAGAGACGGGUCACUGCAGUCGUGACCGUCACUAAACUCUAACCUCACUGACUGAGAAGCGCCUCUGAGGGGUGGAACAUCUGCUCUGUGGAGGAAAUAAAAUUCAACACAGUGUCAGUGAUUUGCAUGCUAUCAAUCAAAUCAAUGUCUUGAGGAAAAAAGUCAGGGUUGGAGGGUAUCAGGAUGCAUGUCACGGAAGUUAUUAUCCAUUACCAAAACCUGAAGGGAACAAAAGGUUUUAUAAAAUCAAAACUAGUUGAGAACGGUUGCGUGAUCAUGUAUGCAAACACUUAAUCUGCCUUUAAAUGAUGCUGUGUGUAAUCUUUACACAUUGUGUGGAUUACUUAAGGGUUUAAGAAGUUCUUUCUUGGUGAGGUCAGAACCAUUUGCAAAAUAUGAGAAUAUAUAAGAAUGUAUAUUAUGAACCACUUAAGAAAUAAAAAAAAGGAGCAUUUCCAACCCUGACAACAGUACUGUAGGCCUGAUAUUAGACAGGCACGGGACAGGAGGGCUAUGUAAAAUGUAGUCUCUCUGUUUCUCAUCACAUCUUCAUUUCUUUUUGUGAGCUUUUGUCGCCCCCUGUUGUCGACAGGGCUGUGUUACAUGAAAAAUUCAGCCAGGGCCAUUUCCAGAGUGUGAUACUACUGAGGGGAGUUACAGUUUCACAUAGCUUUAUCUAUCUCCAUCACGUUUAUGUUGCACAGUUAAAGUCAUAAAGACAUUGAAAAUAUGACGAGAGGGGAAAAAAAAAACUGAUUUGGCUUAUUUGAGGCAUCACUAUGUUUAUUAAUAAAAAGAUACAUGUGGGUCUUCUGUAAGAUUUUAAAUAAUAUAUAUAUAUAUAUAGAUAUAUAGCUACAUUUGUUAGCUUGCAAGAUAAUUGCUAUUGCAAGAAAUGUAAGUGCAUGUAUUCAAUGUUUAAUUAAAUAAUGAUUUAAGAGUUUGGCGCUUGCUCCAGGUGCUUGAAUGUUGCACACAAAGAAUGUCUUGAUAAAAUUGACUCAUGAAAGGUUUAGCGUUUAUCUACUAGUAAUAUGUAAUCAGAUAAUUCACAUUUCUCAGUGUUGCUGCCCUCUACAGUAUCUAAAGAUGAAGGUAAUCAGCUGUAACAAACACACUGAAUCUUUCUUACCUGCUAGCCGUGUAAACGCUUUAUUUUAACAUUAAUUUUACCAUCAUUUUUCUUUAAAUUACAAAUAAAUGAUAUUUAAAAUGUGUGAAUACUAUUGUUAAGCUUCUGCCAUUCUGUCAGAGAGAAAUACUCAGAUGUGUAUCUAUGCUCUUUUAAAUGUUGUAAAUCAUGACACACGAUGCCGGUGUAACUCCUUUCAACCUCUGAUGGCCAUACAAAGAGCAAACAUUAUAUUCCACGUGUUGUAGAUGACACUAGUUUGCAGCAGCUGUUUUGCGAGCAUGUGAUUAAAAAAGCUUCUCUAUGCAUCAGCAGAAACUAUUCUGUACUGUAUGUCCUGCUGUAAAUAGUUUAGUUUUUUUGGUCAUUUAAUUGUAUGUUCAUAGUAAUGUAUAGUCAAAUUUUUCAUCAUAAUAAAAACAUGUGACACAAAUGAGAAGAACUAUAAACAUGUAGUCGAUUCUGAAUUAUUGUCUUUGAUGCAGCCUGUAAUUAAGAAACCUGACACGCCAUGUAAAUUAUUGUAUUUGUGGAUUUUUACAAAUCGUUCAUGUCUGUCAAUACCUGUUAAUGAUUUAAUAAAUGUAUGUUUAUUUUCCCACAGA